AUGACGUUCAGGAGGCUCAAGAAGGUGAACUCCAGCGCUCCGGAGGCUGGACCCGCCGGACCCGCAUCUCAGGACUACGACAUUUAUUUCUCUUCGUCCAAGUCUGACAGCUGUAAACUGGAGGGACCGGCCAGCUCCUCGCAGGUUUACAACUACAGAACUCUGGCUUAUUCUGGCGGGACGCUGCCCAGAACCUACAAGAAGGGCGGCGGCUCGCAGAAGUGGAAACCCCUAACACCGUCACCAGAACCACAAAGGCAGGUGGCGUUCCUGGAGAAAAAAGAAGAGGAGACGUUUGGCUUUGAGAUCCAGACUUAUGGUCUCCAUCAUCAGGACCAAAACUCUGUGGAGAUGUGCACGUUUGUGUGCAAGGUGCACGAAGACAGCCCGGCUCAGAGAGCAGGACUCAAACUUGGGGACACCAUCACAAGUGUGAAUGACACCACUGUGGAAGGAUUUCGACACAAGGACAUUGUCCAGCUCAUCAAGGCAUGCGGCAACUCUCUGAGGCUGGAGACGGUUUACAGCGACUCGAUCCGUAAAGCUGAGCUGGAGGCCCGGCUGCAGUAUUUGAAGCAAACUCUUUAUGAGAAGUGGGACGAGUAUCGUUCGUUAAUGGUGCAGGAGCAGAGACUCGUCCAUGGCAUAGUGAUGAGCGAUGCUGCUGUGUACGAGUCCCUCGAGUCAGCUGGUCUCUACGGCAGCCUUGGCGCUCCCAGCCCGGCGACUCAAAGAACCAUCCGCUGCACCGGCAGCACCAGCAGCAGCGCCAGCUUCCUCAGCACGGCCACGGACGACGACCCCCUCUACCAAACCUGCCUGUACCAGGCUAACGGGAGCGAGGACUCUGGGAUUCCUGAGAAAAGUCAAGAAAAGCAGAGGCUGCAGCGCCUGCGACCGACCAGUGAGCUCCUCACAGUGACCAAGACUCAGCUGACCCGCAGCGCCAGCACUCGCAGCUACAUGAGAGGUUCGUCUCCAUCGUCAUCCGCCGGCUCAGGAGAGAAACCGGGAGGAUUCAGCUCGCUGCAACGAAAACCCAAACAGAAGAGCUUCCGCAGACGCCUCCUUAAAUUCAUUCCCGGCUUGAAUCGACCGCUGGAGGAGGAAGAGAGCAAACUGUGAGCAGCACGCAGAGCUGUUGGCUGCAGCUUCCCAAAGAACUGAACUAAAGACUGAAACAAUGACUCGAAACAAACGUGCCAAAGGAAACGGCAAGCAGCUCCCAAGAGCCAAAGAUGGAGACCAAAGAGAACCGGCUGCAAACACCAAUGAACUUUCACACAAGUUAGUUUGUGUGUCUUAUUUUAAGUUAUUUAUUUAUUUUUACAUGUUCUGUUUAUGUACAAAAUGAAGAACCUUUAGUUAGUUUCUUUUCUGCAUGCAUAAUGUUUCUCCUGCCAGCCCCCCAACAAGUAGAAAUGUGCAACAAAAACUUUUGAGACCAGUGGACACAAGAUGACUCAAAUCCUAUUUUCUGUUUUCAACCCAAGUUCAAGUUUUCUAAAACAAAAAGGAAAAAAGUGACAUUCCCAGUUUACACACUUCCUAUUUGGUAAAAAAUAAAUCCGUUUUUUUAAGACUA